UUUACAAGUAAACGGUCCAAUCCUACGCGUGUCCUGUGUCUUUUUUCUCUUCCCCUUUUCUCUCUUUUUCUCUAUCUCUGGUUCUUUUUCGUCCCUGUCUCCCUCAUUCAAUUACAAGAUGGCUUUCUCAUGCAAAGUCCCCAGCAAGAAAAUGAUUGAGAACAUUUUUCAAAGUCAUCUCAAUACGAAGAUACGGAUUUCGAAAGGCGUUUUGCCCUUUCUUCAUCUGCGGUUCGUUCUGUUCCUGAAAGAAUUGGCUUCCUCUUCUGACUUGGAGGCUUUCAAGCAGCGAAAGUGCUUUGUAUCCGAGAAGGAGAUCGCCAAGCGUGCGCCUCCGUUGCUGAAGAAGUACUGCGACGUGAAGAGGACGAGAGCGGCGCCACAACCACAGCCUGACGAAACAAGUGACUCACAUGCAACCACCGAUAGUGAAUUUGUAUAUAGUUUGUAAAGUAAGGAAGUUGACGGUUAGCGGGAGAAACGUUAUGGGAAAAGGGAGCUGUGGUUCGAAUUUUGGUUUGAAGUUUGAAAGUUGACGGUUGAGUGGGAGAAACGUUGUGGAAAAUGGGACUUUGAUUUGAAUUUUAGUUCGAUUGGAGUGUGAAAGUUGUGGGAGAAAAGUUAUUAAAAAGGGAGCUGUGAUUUCAAUUUUGGUUUGGUUGAAGUUUCAAAUUUGAUUGUUAGUGAGAGAAACGUUAUGGAAAAUGGAACUUUGAUUUAAAUUUUAGUUCAGUUGAAGUUUGAAAGUUGAUAGUGGGAGAAACAGUAUGAAAAAUGAAACUUCGAGUUGAGUAGGAAAAUAUAACGAAAAAGGAUUGAAUUAUUUUGUUAAUUGACCUUUUUUCUAAGUUGACGGUUAGCGGGAGUAAAGUUAAGAAAAAAACGGAACUGGUUUUAGUUUUGCAUUCUUUAAAGGGUAAGUUGAAUGUAAAAUUAUGUGUAAAAGUGUUAACAGUGCACUGCUCAGAUAUAUUUUUUUGUUUAGUUAAAUUCUUUUCUUUCUUUUUUUUUUAAAUAUUCAGAGGGUUUAUUUCAUAUCUUUGCAGAAGGCAUUAGUUGAUGUUAUUUAAGUAGAUUAUUAGUUUGAUUUAAAAGCUGCAAGUCGUUUUUGCCGAAAAGGUUUACAGAUUCAUUAUUA